UCAUAGGUUUGAGUGGCGUAUCAAUCGAUAUAUCGCAAAGCAGGCCACGCCACUCCGCUGCAUCUGCCCAAGCUGAACAUUUUCCUUACUUAGUCUUGAAAUGAUACUUAAAAGAGCUCAAAUGUUGACAAAUUGACAUUUUUGAAAAUUUUAUCUUCGCUUUCCCCGCAUAAUAAAGUGGACCCAGCAUUAUUUUACCACCUUGUUAUAUACAAUUCGGGUCACAUUUUUGGUGGUUUUUUUCUUGCUGGACAGUAAAGAGGGGCUUUUUGCCUAUCAAAACUGAGAGCCCAUAAAAGUUUGAUGAGUAUGACAGGCACUAGUGAAAAGAUCUUGGCUGUAUUAAAAAAUGUCUAUUUUGGUUAAUUGGUUAUUUUGUAGUGCGGAAAUUUCGGUUAAUCAUUCGCCAAGAGAUGCAAAGAACUAUGGAUUCCGACGAAAAAUAUGGUGUUCAGGAAAAAGAAAUUUUCGGGUGAGUCACUCAAACUCUCAUUUGAUAAAAUUGUGUCCCAAUGCCGAUCAUAAAAGGCUUAAGAUACAAUGGUGAUACAAUGAGUGCAAAUAUUUAAUCUAUGGUUGCUAAUUCUAGAUGAUCAUAUACCGAUAUGCGAUCAAAACUUAAAGACCGUGAAUUCGGGGUUUUAAGCACAAAUAUAAUGCAUCGAGCUAUUUGUAAGUGAUUCACGGAAUCAAAGAUGUGUGUUCAAUUUUUCUUUAACGUUUUAAUUUUAUGUUGCGGUGCGAACGCUUUUAAUAUUUUGAUCCUAUCUCCAACUCCAUCGUUCAGCCAUCAGCGUCCAAUUUUGGCUUUAGCGGAGAGUUUGGUUCGAAAAGGACACAAACUUUUUGUUGCUGGUCCCAAUACAGUUCCGGGUUUGGAACAAAACGAGAACUACACUUUUGUGGAUCUUUCGUUUUCAUAUAAUCUUCUCAAAAAUGAAAACGGAGAUGGUGUCAUCAAAAUUACUACCCAGAGACAGUUAUCUAAAUGGGAGGUGGGUUCGGCAAUACUCAGUCCGGUGACAGACUUGGCCAAAUCCCAGCUGACCAGUGACCAAUUCCUUCGGUUUAAGCAGCGCGUCGAGUUAGAGAACAUAAAAUUCGACGUCGUCAUCGUCCAACCGUUGUUCAUCCCUUACUUGACACCGACGGCCCGCGUUUUGGCCGGAGACGCCCCCAUCAUAGCCGUCUCAUCCUACGUCAUGGACUGGAUGACAGAGGACGCGUUGGGCAGCCCGGUUCACCUCUCAUUCUCGCCCUCGGUCUUCGGCCACUACACGGACAGAAUGAACUUGCUGCAGAGGAUCGAAAAUUGGUUCUCUCAUCACUACGUCGUGUCCGGCAUCAAGAGGACGAUAGAGGCCUCUGCGAGGAGGUUCUUCACGGAGGAGUACGGUCUCAACGCCACGUUCGUGGAUGAGUCCCCUUGGGAGAGGAUCAGUCUCACUCUGAUCACGUCCAACUCGCUGUACUAUUAUCCGAGACAGCUGGGCCCGAAUGUUGUCGAAGUUGGGCCGCUUCAUCUAGAAACGCCUGAUCCACUACCAAAGAAUUUACAAAGUUGGUUGGACGGGGCAGGAAAAGGAGUCAUUUACUUCAGUCUUGGAAGUAAUAUGCAAAGCAGAUCUCUACCGAGAGAAGUAGUGGACAACUUCUCGGAAUUUUUCCGAAGUCUACCUCCUGGUUACCGAGUUUUAUGGAAAUGGGAAUCAGAUGAAAAGAUUCCUGGACAAUCCGACAAUAUUUUGGCCCAAAAGUGGAUGCCUCAACACAGCGUGCUGGCACAUCCAAAAGUCCGAUUAUUCAUCACUCAAGGAGGCCUUCAGAGUUUCCAAGAAGCAGUGCAUUUUGGGGUCCCCACGAUAACCAUACCAUGGUUCUCGGAUCAAGAAUGCACGGCUGCAAAAAUGGUUGACGCAAACAUUGGAGAAAAGUUGUCACCACAAGAUAUCCACACUUUUACCAAAAUCAAAACCGCCAUAGAGACCGUGUUAUAUGAUGAAAGCUACUUGAAGAAUAUGAAGAAACUCUCUGGUCUCUCACACGAAUUCACCUCUCAAGCAAUGGAUAAAGCCGUUUUUUGGGUAGAGCAUGUAGCCCGCCAUAAGGGAGCGUCACACCUGAGGCCCUCAACUUCUGACUCCAAUCUGUUCCAGUAUUUUUGUCUCGAUCUCAUAUCCGUUAUAGUUCUUUCAAGUUUAUCUUUUAUCUUUUUAAUUUACUCAAUUGUUUACUAUAUCCUAAAUCCAAAUGUAUACAGCAAGUCAAAUGGGAAGCUCAAGCAUUCUUGACUGAAGGUACGGCCUCAGUUUGAUGCGUUCCGAUCAAUAAAUGGAUGUAUUUAUGCUGGAGGAACAAGGAGGCUGGGAGGAGACGUAGGGGACGCCCAGUGAGAGGUUUGCGACAGGGGGUGUUAAGUGAGAUGAGGGAGUGUCAACUCCCUGAUGACCUGAGGGAAGACCGAGCUUUGUGGCGAUUAGGCGUCGUAAAGCGCCAAAGAGCGCUGUAAAAGUGACUCAUAUAUAUAACAAGGGGCAAAUUGAUUAAAACCAAAUUUUGUUGCACGCAAAUAUUACGAGCAGAGUUUUAUUUAUUCUCACAUAUCGAUGUUUAAGGCGGGAUAUCACGUACAUCCAUAGCGGUGUCUCAAAAUUAUAACAUGCUCAUACGGCGUUGAAACACAACAUGGGCCAUUCAAGCCCCCUUAUUCGAUGCCGCGAUUAUUCUAACGUGAGUUCGAACAAUCGCGCCAAACAAAGUGCGACCGACGUUCCACGCAGAUCAGCGCCUGCAAGACUGCAUGAAUACUUCUCGCAUUGCGCUAAACGCAGUGUUGUCUCUUGUCAGUCGGUCAGUUGGCGUGACGUGCUUAUUAGCGCCCACAAGACUGUAGGAAUACUUCACGCAUUGCGCGUACAGCACAGUGCGCCCUUUGAUCGUUGUGAUUUCUGGAUGUUAGACCCAUCACACGUGGUGCGAUGGACGCAAUAUCAAACCAGAGUAUAAUGCAAGCCUCAAAAAUAUGUAUCCUCAUUGUAACGAUUCAGAAACUCGGUUGAUAUGUUAUUCUUUUUUUGGUUACUUAAAAAGAAAGUAGAACGAACGAAGAAAUAGAACGAAGAAAUAUCGCAUCGAAAUUUUUGAUGCUUUUAUUUGAGAUCAUUUAGGAAAAAUCGCAGAAACUUUUCCAAAGAAAUAUGUGUAGCUUUUUAAAAUCAUCGACUAAAAAUAAAACAUACAAGUUGUGCGUAACUUUGCAAUUAGAGAUAAAUACGCUUUCCUUCGCGUACUCCCGUCUGCUUUUGACUCCAUUCAUUUAUUCAGUAAAUUAAAGAUGGUUGUUCUACAAUA